CUCUAUGGCAAAGGACGUGUACAUCUAGCGCUCGUAGACAAUACAAAACGUGUUCGCAUAAUAAGUUACAUAAACACGUGUGAACUGUGCACGACCGAAAGUUUUGUGAUAUGUGAUUUGUAAGUGAACAAUACUUAAGGAUGUAUAUCGUUUUAAUAUUUCUGAGCUUACUUGUUAAAGAUUCGCUACUUCUGAAAGUGGUACGGGUUACUGUCCCUUCGUAUCGCGUGAGGGGCCAACAGGCUCAGCUGGAGUGUAAUUUCGAGUUAGGCGAAGACAAAUUGUAUUCAGUCAAAUGGUACAGGGACAAUGAAGAGUUCUACAGGUAUAUGCCGAAGUUUGAUCCGCCCAAACUCGCUUAUAAAGUCGAGGGGAUUAAGGUUGAUCUAUCAAAAUCAGACAUGAAAAAGGUGUUGCUCCACCAAGUGACGCUCAAAACAUCAGGCAUCUACAGAUGUGAAGUCUCAGCGGAAGCGCCUAGUUUCGCGUCUGCGGCCGACGAGGGCAGAAUGGAAGUUAUUUAUCUACCACGAGAGGGUCCAAGAAUAACUGGCAAUGAAUUAGAAAAUAGAAGAGGCGACUCAUUAUUUCUAAACUGCACCUCGGGACGAUCGUACCCCGCAGCGGUAUUGAGCUGGGACAUAGAUGGUGAGAAGGUAACAGACCCAGAGUUACUAGUUCACUACCCCCCAAUACAACACGCCCACGGGCUGUUGUCAACGGCGCUGGGUCUGCGCGUGCCAACCGGGAGGACCAUGCAAGUGCGGUGCUUAGCCCGCGUCGCGCCCGGCUGGAGGGAGGGCAGCGAGGCCGUGAUCGGCAAUAGCCAGCUCGCUGAUAGUAAAGAAGCAAUGUUAUUAGUACGAAGUUCGGGCGAGGCAUCCACGUUGAGUAUAAUGCUGUUAACACUUACCCUCCUUCCAAUCCUCCGUUCCCUAAUACAAUCAGAGACGUGAUAAAUUAUCACUUGUAUUUAUUAACCGAAAAUGUGCUAAGACGCAACCAUGACUCUGAAUUCGUUAUCAAUGGGUUCUGAUUAGGUGUAAGUUAUUUGCGAAUGGGGUACUUGCAUUUGAAUUUGUUUCAAUUAAAAGUUACUUUGGUGUUUUAUUGUAAUAUAGAUAUACUUAUAUGUUUUAUUUGUUUACGUUUAAUUGCUCUUCGUGUACCUUAUUUGCUUUGAUUUAAUUUAUUUGGGAUCUUUUCAAGGUUUAUAGUAUUUAAAAACUUUGAAACUGCGUAGUAGACAACAAACUGCGUAGUAAACACGAAACACGUUCUAUGUGUUUAUUGUAAUAGAUUUUGUAAUUGGUGAUAGAUAUUUUUAGCGUUUAUAUGAUAAUAUUUUAAUGGAAAUUGUUAAAUCUUAUUUUAUAUUAUGUAUACGUAUUAUUUAUGUCAAAAGUGAAAUCUCAAAGCUAUCAUUGUGAUAAAUACGUGUAGUUAUGAAAAUUUUGCACUAUAAAUAGUUAUACUUUAGCCAUGCAAGUAUCCCAUACAUUUUAUAGAUAGAUAUUUUGGAAAUUAGUUAAUCAUAAGCAUCAAAUACAUAUCUGUAAUUAAGCCACUUAUUGUUUCGUUUACAUGCUUCAAUUUUGUUAUAUUCUCAUUGUGAUGUAUUUGUUUGUAAACAUCAAUUGGAUAUAAAUAAAAACUUAGUAACGCCUUCCUAGUAAAUAAAUUUGUAAAUAUUGCAUAGGUGAAGUUCUUUUGUAAUAUGAUUAGACAAUCUUUCUAGGGAUAAAUCUAAAACGUGUACUAUGUAAAUGUUAUCUAUUUUUAAAUGAAAUAUUAUUUUUCAAUUCUGGCUGUUUUCAUUAGGCGAAUCUUCACAAAUUAUUUUAGUACUCAAGGCUACGUAUGGGUAAAGUUGAAAAUUGUAAAUAUGAUCGAGUAUUUUGUAAGUGUAAUGAAGUAAUAAGUUUGAAUACAAAAAUAUAUUGCGUUCUAUUUAAUUUCGGGAAGGAGAUGUAUAUGUAGUUCUUGUAAUUUAUGGGGCCUUCGUGAAUUUGAACUGAUAGUACUUAUGAAACUCAAUAAUUUCAAAUAAUUCAUUAUUAAUUUUAAAAUAUCGUCUUCUAUUAUUAGUUCAUGUAUAAUAAGAGCUUGACUAUAUUGCGUUUGGAAUUUCAUAUUAUAAAUAUACCUAAUAUGUGUAAUGAUAAUAUUUACAUAAUAUUUUGAAUAUAUGUAUAAAGUUAUGAACUAACACACUGAUCUCAUAAAUUACAUGAACAUGAUAUAAAACUGAAAGCUCCUAAUUAAAGGUCUACCUUGUUUUAACGGAUUCUCAAUACUCAACGGCCGUAGUCCGAUGUCGGGUUGCUUCUUUGUUCCGUGGAUUUCUCUCGAGAGAAACCUACGAUAAGAACUUGAUUACCUUACCUGUAAGAAAAAACAGACUCAUUUAUAGUGAUUGACAUUAUUUGUAAAUGUAUCUCCGUAAAAAAAUUUUUGAUUUAUAAUAAUCAAGCGAUGGGUUCUGUUAUUCAGUAUGAAAGUUAUAACUUAUGGAAUAGUUAAACACUCUCUAAUCAAUGCACGGUUACAUCUUCGGCCGUAAAUUGUAAGUUUUACAUCUCAAAGAAACAAACCGAACAUAUAGUUAAACGUCGAAACCCAGACACGGCUCAGACUAUCCAAUAUAGACCCUUAUAGAAAUGAAUUGAAAUUGACGUUUUUUGAUAACUGAUAAGCUAAUGUGAAUAGAUUCUAAGAAACGAAUGCUUUUGUUGUUCAGUUGUUCUGUACCUAGUAUACAAGAUUAUGAUUUUAUUGAAAUAAAAUAAACUA